AUGGUUGGUUCAAGAGAUGGUGUUUCAGGUAUAGUGGCUAAGAGCAAGUCUGGAAGUAACAGGCAAACCUUUUCGCCCAUGGAAAGUGAUAGCCAAGUGGAUUGCUCCAAAGUGAAGAUGGAAGAAGAAGAUGAGGAAUGUCUACUGGCAGAGGAACAUGAAGGGACUAAGGAUGACGUAGCAGAGGAGUGGGUGAUAAACCGAGACACGCUGCUUAAUAGCCAAAAGUCUCAAGCUGAUAUGAUUAAUGAGUGCUCGCCUUAUGUGUCUACUGUAUGCUACAAGAUUGCCAAGAGAAUUGCAUUAUUCAAGAACAUAGGACUUGUUUUUUAUGAUUUUGAUCUUCUGCCGUCCACAGGAGAUGGGAAACUAACUGUUUGUAGAACCACUACCCACUUGUUUGGACCAACAUUUUCAUGCUUGAACACAGAACUUGCAAACUUUGUUUACGGCUUCAAUGUGCUGGCAAAUAGACUCGAACAUGGAUUUCAGGAAAGCUCAAAUAAUGAGACUCAAACCCCAACACCAGUGAUUCUUCCAAAAACUGAGGUGAAUGAGGAAAGAGUUGCACCGAUUACGGUUAGAGCAAGAGGGUGUACACAAAGCCAGUACGAUCUUAGAGAAAGAUUAGCAACAAACAUGCAAGAAUCCCGAUCACAACCAAUGGAUGGAAAAAAGAAAAGAAAAAUAGAUACAAAAGAGGCUGAAGAACAAACAGAGGUAGAUGAAGAAUGCACACGAGCAGAACAAACACUACCAGCAGGCUCUAACCGGUGCAAUUUGCAGUCUAUAUGUAGACUACUCAAGGAUACCAAAUUGAAUAACCAACAUAUAGCAUCCCUCAAGAAAACGCCCUUCUGGUUAUUGUUUGAAGCUAUUAUGAAUAGCAAGUUGUUAAGUGAUAAUUGUAGAAAGUAUGAUGAAGUUGUUCUAAAUAUUAUCCAGUCAUAUGAAGAAGAGAGUAGAAGUUUUAUAGUGGGUGAUAGGCAAUUGAAGCUGACAAAGGAGCAUGUGAAGCUCAUUUUUGGUAUUUCUUGUGGAGAAGUUGAGAUGGUGGAAACAAAUGUAAAGAAAGAAAGCGUUGCAUUAGCCAAGAGGCUUAAAAUGAAAGAGGCAAGGUUAUCAGCACCAACCAUGAAGCAAAAGAUUAAGGAACUGACAAGUAGUGAGAAGGAACAAGAUGUGGAGGAUGUUGUGAGAUUACUAUGUCUAUACCUUUGUGUAACCCUGUUUUUCUCCAACCAAGGAACUACAGUCAACUGGUCAUAUGUACAACACAUGGAAGAUCUCCAAAAAGUGAAGCAAUAUGACUGGGCAGAAGCUAUCAGAAAGUACCUACUUAUGUCAUAUUGGCUUUGCGAGUACACAAAACUCAUAGAAGUAAAAAACCUGAAUGCAAUUCCAAGAGUUGUGAAAUGGAAAAUUUCAAACCUUCGGAAAAGCCUCAAGGAUUUUGAACUCAGUCAACUUCCCGGUGAUAAAGUAAAUCAUAUCGAGGUACAAGAAACGGCUGAAGAAAGAAAGAUCUUUGAUGAAAUUUUUAGAGAUCAUAGGGAUGAACAAGGUCAAGUUUCUGAAGAUCACCGGGGUGAACAAGGAGAGGCAAAGGUAACAAAGGUUGAACCAACAAUUGGGGUUGUGCAUGGUGGAGAGCAAGUUGGAGUUUGUGGGGAGGAAGAGGGAGAAAAGGGUGGAGUCCAAGUUUCAGAAGAUAACAGGGGUGAACAAGGCAAUGAAGUUCCAGAAGAUGACGGGGGUGAAAAGGAUGAUGAAGCAGAAAAAGUACGAGGACUAGAUGACUUCAACAGUCCAAUCUGCAGAUCAUUUGAAACGGAUUCAGGAUCAACAUUGGUGCCAAAUACAUUGGGUCAAAUGUCAUCACCAAACACAAUGCCUAGUGCAUCCUUGAAUAUGAUUUGUGGAGCAAUAGCGGAGCAAGCCAAAAAGGACGCAAAUGCUCUUAUUGAUGAACUGAAGAACAAGAUUGAGAAGUUGGAGAAAGAAAAGCAGAAUUUAGAGAUUGACAUCAUCAAAAUUCAAGAACAGAAUGAGAAACUUCUACAAUCUCGAAAUGAAGAAAAUGGAAUGUUGAAGCAGAGAAUCCAAACCCUUGAAAAACAUGCUACUGCACUACAAAAAAUGAACGGCAAGUUACUAAAAGAAAAGGAGGACUUGGAGGUGAAAGUUAAGGACUUAGAUGCAAAAGUUCAAGAUUUUGAAAUCCAUCAGUUAAUCCAAGCAUAUCCUAUGGAAACUGAGAGAGAAGUGCAUCAAGUGACGCAGCAAGCAACAUUUGAAAAAAUCGCAAGCCUGCAGAAAGAGAAGAAUGACAUGGAGGAUGAAUUGGCAUGUAUAGCAGUUCACGAAAUCACACAAGAAGUAGCAAAGGAAAAGAGGAAGCUGAAGAUGUCUGAGGAACAAUGCUCUCCGCGGUCAAUGUUUAAAAGAGUCAUAGGAAGGGAUGAUAGAAAGCAGAACUACUUUGAGGACUACAUCUAUGGACAAAUGAAGAGAAAGAGUCUGCAAGUAAAUCCAAUCGAUGUAGACGACAGUCCAGACUAUAAGCAACCACAAAAGGGGAAAAAGAAGAUGCUGAAGAAGUUGAAGGUUAAUACUGAAGUAGAUACUAUUGAUGUAGACAAGUCUCCGGAGUAUGAGCAACGGGAAAAGCGGAAAAAGAAGAAGCUGAAGAAUUUGAAGGUUGAUACUGAAGUGGCAAAACUCAUUCGUCCGGAAACUUGGAAGAAAAUUGAACAACUUUGGAAGACAGGAGAACAAAGAUAAGAUAUACUCUCAACUAUAUCCAUUAGUUAUAAAGUUUACGAUUGUUAACAGAAUUUUAAAACCAAUUUGCAAUAUGCAGUACUGUAGUAAUGGAAU